UCUAGGUGCUGUGCUUUUAAAACAUGAGAUACGCUCAACUUGUGAUAGGACCUGCAGGAAGCGGAAAAUCCACGUAUUGCAACACCAUAGUUCGACAUUGUGAGAACAUUGGAAGGGUUGUUCACGUGAUUAAUUUAGAUCCCGCAGCCGAAUAUUUCGACUAUCCACUUUACGUAGAUACUAGGGAACUUGUCCAACUUGAAGAUGUCAUGGAGGCAGAUGACCUAAAGCUUGGACCCAAUGGUGGAUUAGUGUUUUGUAUGGAAUAUUUGAUCAAGAACAUUGAAUGGUUAGAGGAACAGUUAGGUUACACUGAAGAGGAUUAUUUCAUCUUUGAUUGCCCAGGUCAAAUAGAACUUUACUCUCAUAUACCGAUAAUGAGACAGUUUGUUGACACUUUACAACAAUGGGAUAUCAGGGUGUGUGCCGUGUUUCUUGUGGAUUCAAAGUUUAUGGUCAACACAAGCAUGUUUUUUUCUGGUGUACUGGCAGCACUUUCCGCAAUGGUGCAGUUGGAGGUACCUCAUAUUAAUGUUAUGUCGAAGAUGGACCUGCUUAGCAAGGACCAAGCAGAAAAUAUUGAAAGAUUUCUUGACCCAAAUCCAAAAGUCAUAAUGGAUGAAAGUGGAGCUGGCAGAACAAAAAAGCAUGAAAAACUAAACAAUGCCCUUGCUGAUGUCAUUGAAAACUUCAGUAUGGUUCAGUUUAUACCAUUGAAUAGGACAGAGGAAGAGUCAAUUGAACAUUUGCUUGUACAAAUUGAUAAUGCCAUACAAUAUGGAGAAGAUUUGGAAGUUAAAGAAAAAGAUACAUUUGAUUACGAAGACAAAGAAUUUUCGUGGAAUAAUGAUGAAAAUUGAUUUUCAGUGAUUUUGCACCUUUGGAAUAGUCACAUAACAGUGAGGGGGUGUUGGUUUUUCAAACCUCCUCCCUCAUCUUCCCCACUUUCAAUAUUGUGUGGUAAAAGACCGGCAUUAUCAUGGUAUAAUCAUAUUAACUUCAUAGUAGAGAAUUUUUUCUGACAUUCAAAA